AUGACACAACCCACAUCCGUUGACAAGACCUUCGACACCUCUCUGGUCGACCUGAACCCGUCAUUUUCGACUACAGAAUCCGAUCCCUCAAACAUCGGCACCGCAAACCCAAACAUGAAGACCCCCAUACUUCAACAGGCACCCCUCGCGCAGGAGCAAACCCAAGAUGCCCCCAAGCAGUCACAGCCCAAGCAAGUCCAGCACAUCCCAACCCAAGACGCAUACGACCAAUGGGCCUCCGUAUACGACACAGACGGCAACAUGCUCCAAUCCAUCGACGACGCCGAACUCACGACUCUACUCCCCGCCUUCCUCGCCCAAGUCCCAAGCACAUCACCCACCGCAGCCCUCUCACUCCUCGAUCUCGGCUGCGGAACAGGCCGCAACACAACACGCCUAAUCGCCCACCCCUGGCCCGCAACCCACCGCAUCGCAAUCACAGGCCUCGACUUCUCCGCCGCCAUGCUCGACAUCGCGCGCCAGAAGCUCAAUCCCCUGCUCGCUGAUAAUAGGAACACGACCCUCGACCUCAAGCAUUGUGAUCCUUUCGCCGACCUCCCCCCUAUUAAGCCCGUCAACGCACUCAUCUCCACCCUCGUCCUCGAACACGUCGCCCUGGAGCCUUUCUUCCAAACAGCGCACACCCUGCUCCUACCCGGCGGCCUCGCGCUCAUCACGAAUAUGCACGCCGACAUGGGCGCUGUGUCCCAGGCUGGAUUCGUUAAUGAGCAGGGCGUUAAGGUCAGGGGAACGAGUUUCGCGCAUACGGUGCAGGAGACGGUUGAUGAGGCAAGGAAGUGUGGGUUUGAGGUUUUGAGUGUGAGGGAGAGGGAGGUUGGGAGGGGGGAUGUGGAGAGUGGGGUUGUGGGAAACAGGGGGAAUAAGUGGAUUGGUGUGAGGGUUUGGUUUGGGGUUGUGCUUCGGAGGGGAGCGUGA